CUUUCCCUCCAUCGUGAAUAAUUAAUUAUAUCUUACCUAACAAACAAUUAACAAUUUAUUUAAGAAUCACAUACCGAGGAUUUUUCUCUAGUCUACCAAUACUAAAUUUACCGCUGACGUCUUCCUACUUCAUGCGCAACGAUUGCACGAAACCAUCUAGGUAAUCUUACCAAUUCAUCGCACCGCCCUUCAAUUACCACACUAGCUAGCUACCAUCGAGACAACCACAACCAUGGCGAGUAAAUCUCGCUGGGCGGAUACGGAAGAAGACACAGCACUAGAGGCAAAACAGAAACGCGAAAAGGAAGAGAAGAAGCGCUUAAAAGCUGAGAAGGCACAAAAAGCGGAAGCAGAACGUCGCGCCCAAGCAGAGGCAGAAGCAGCUGCAGCCAGACAACGAAUCGCGCAAGAGCAACAGCAACAACAACACCUAGAACCACCAGACGAUACCGUACCACCUACCAAACGGCGGAAAAUCACACCCGAACAAGACGAGCAAGAAAAGGACGGAACUACAGAAAAUGGGAGCAGCGCAAAACUUCUACGCUUCGAGACCGGCGGCUGGGGCAAGUCACGAAGCGUCGAGAACUACGAUAAGCUAAACGACAUCGAAGAGGGAGCAUACGGCUGGGUAGCGCGAGCAAAAGAAAUCAAAACAGGCCAAGUCGUAGCCUUAAAGCGGCUCAAGUUCGACCCGACCGACACAUCAGGCCUGCCCGAGACGGGCCUGCGCGAGAUCCAAAUCCUAAAAGACUGCUCGCACCGAAACAUCGUAGCGCUGCGCGAAGUCGUAGUCGGCGACGACACCUCGCGCAUCGAGCACAUCUUCCUAGUCCUCGAGUUCCUCGAGCACGACCUCAUGUCCGUGCUGGGCGACAUGCCCGAGCCGUUCCUGGCCUCGGAAGUCAAGACCCUGCUGCUCCAGCUCGCCAGCGGCGUCGCCUACCUCCACGACCACUGGAUCCUGCACCGCGACCUCAAGACCUCGAAUCUGCUGCUUAAUAACCGCGGCCAGCUCAAGAUCGCCGACUUCGGCAUGGCCCGCUACGUCGGCGAUCCCCCGCCCCCUAAGCUCACGCAGCUCGUCGUUACUCUCUGGUAUCGCGCCCCCGAGCUGCUGCUCGGCACGAAGACGUACGGCGCUGCGGUGGAUAUGUGGAGCGUCGGGUGCAUCUUCGGCGAGCUGUUGACGCGUGAGCCGUUGUUGCAGGGCAAGAACGAGGUUGACGAGCUGGGCAAGAUCUUCGAGCUAUGCGGUAUUCCUACAGAUGAGUCCUGGCCCGGCUUCCGCCGCCUGCCGAACGCACGGCAUCUACGAUUACCCAAGAGUUCUGGCGCCAACACCGGGCCUAUAAUCCGCGCCCGGUUUCCACUACUAACAGCCGCUGGUAGUGCGCUGUUAAGCAGUCUACUAUCGCUGAAUCCGGAUCGAAGACCCACGGCAAAGGAGAUGCUAGACCACGAGUUCUUUAGGCAGGACCCGAAACCCAAGCACGAGGCUAUGUUCCCGACGUUCCCUAGCAAGGCAGGCCAGGAGCGCAGGCGCAGGAGAUCGACGCCUAAUGCGCCGGGUAGGGGACAGAAGGCCGCGGAUCUGGGGUCGCUGGAUUUCAGCGGGCUAUUCGCGGCGCGGGAGAAGGAAGAGCGAGGAGGUGGGUUCUCGCUUCGGAUGGUAUGAAUUACGAAGGUACUAAGUAAUAUAUAUAUAUAUAUGAGAAUGAGAUCUAUACUACCUUAUUAGGUAGACAUUACGAAGUCAUUGAGAGACGAGAAAGUAUUAAGCAACCUGACUAGGUGUGUAAUCAUUAAGAGCUAUAUAGCGAUAUAUAAAUAACCCUUC